CCUCAUCACCGCAACCCCCCAACAAGCAUAGCAGACCAACAUGGCGUCGGCAUUCUUGCGAGGGAAGCAGGCGGGUAUGCAACACGACCUGUCUGCAGCCAUUGUACCCGAGCUCUUUGCACCUGAUGACCAGGCCAGAUAUGGUAUCAACUCUCAGAUUAGCUGCUUGGCCUAUGAUCCUAUCCAAUCCCUCCUUGCCAUCGGCACCAACGAAUCUCAGUUUGGGCCCGGGAAAGUCUUCGUCUUCGGCCAUACCCGUGUCUCAAAAACCCUUGAGCCGCAGAGGCCGACCUCCUUCCGCGCUCUUCGAUUCGCCGCCAACCGUCUUGUCACCCUGGAUGUCAAGAACGACCUGGCCAUAUGGGACCUCGACUCCGGCGACCGCAUCGCCGGCCAAAUCAUCACAGGCAGCGUCGUCUCUCUCGUCACCGAUCCGCUACUCGACUGGGCAUUUCUGGGUCUGGCCAGCGGCGAGGUCCUGGCGUACGAUCUCGACAGAGAGAGGAUUGCCACCACUUUCCGCUUGCCCAGCUUCUGGCGCGAGCACGACCCGAGCGCCAGGGCCGUCACCCUUGUCUGCAUGGCGCUGCACCCCACCGACAUUGGCAAGCUCUUGAUCGGCUACAGCACCGGUGCCGUCAUCUACUCGUUCAAACAGAAUGUCCCUACCAAGUUUUUCGAGUAUGUGCUUCCUCCCGGCGCUCCCGGAGGCGCAGGCGCAGGCGUCGACUCGGUGCGUAAGCCUAGAUUGACACAUGCCCUGUGGCAUCCGUCCGGUACCUUCGUCUUGACCGCCCAUGAUGACGGGAGCUUGGCAUUCUGGGACCCCAAAGAGGGCAAACUGCUUUCCGCCAGGACCUUGGAUAGCACCAGUAUUCACAAGCCAGGUCCCAACCGCGCCUCGGCCGCCCUCAACGAGCCGUAUGCGCGCAUCGCCUGGUGUUGCAAGGCUAAUUCAGAUGACACGGGACUGUUGGUAGCCGGCGGGCAGUCGCCCGAUAGCCCCCAGAAAGGGUUGACCUUCAUCGAUUUCGGUCCCACCCCGAUCUAUGCCACGUCCUCGUGGCAGGUCCUCCAGGACCAUUUCGAAGGAAAGCGCCAAUCUAUCCUACCGACUCCACCCGGUGCCCAGGUUAUCGAUUUUCUUCUCAUUCCGCGGACGUCGCCGCAUUACGCCGGCGCCCACGACCCAAUUGCCGUCAUGAGCCUCCUGACUUCGGGAGAGCUCAUCACCAUGAGCUUCCCUUCGGGUUAUCCCAUCAGUCCCACAAACCAGCUUCAUCCCUCCGCCUCGUUUGUCCACCCAUACGUCACGAGGUUCAAUGUGCAGACCGUCGACCGCGGUCGGUGGUUGGGCAUGACCGAGACUCGGAACCAAGGGGAACCUAUUCUUAAAGGCGGAGCGUUGGCCAACAGGCCGUCCAAGAAGUACCAGGGCCGCUCGAUUCUGCAAGUGGCUCACGGCGACGGCACAGUGCGUAUCUGGGAUGCAGGGCAUGCCGACGAGAUUGAGAAUCCUCUCGUACUGCAAGUAGACGUAGCCCGGGCGGUUGGUCGGUUCGACAAUGUCCAAGUCACGGCAAUGCAUAUGGCCCCCAGCACUGGCGAGUUCGCAGCCGGCACCAGAACGGGAGAGGUCGUCAUGUACAGAUGGGGAGUUAAUAGGUCACACGGCAGGGAUCAGUCGGAGCCCUUGCCACCCAAUCCCGGUGGUCUGACGGACAUUAGGUCGAGAGCCGAGCCUUCCCUGAAAGAAGGGCUGCAGCCGUUGUCAUUGUACGAGAUGGCGCAGGGUCCUAUUACCGCCCUAUGCGUGUCUGACGUGGGAUUCAUCGCGGUAGGCUCCGAGGGUGGUUUCUUCAGCAUUAUCGAUCUCCGGGGACCUGCGAUCAUCUUCAAGGCACCUAUCUCCGAGUUUGCGAAACAGGAGAAGCGAUCUUCUUUCCUCAAGAGUUCGUCCAGCUCCUCGGGGCCCAAGGAAUGGCCCGUUGCUGUCGAAUUUUCCGUCAUGACUCUCGAAGGCGACGGCUACUCCAGCAUUUGCUGCUUUGUGGGGACCAACCUGGGCAGAGUUGCCACUUUCAAGCUGCUCCCGGCCAACAACGGGUACACGGCCCAUUACGGCGGUGUGCAACAAUUUGACGGCAAGGUCGUCUCGCUGUGCCCGAUCAUGACCGAUACCGGCAAGCCUGCGCUUGCCACGGGGCCCAUCGUCGCUGGUCUCCGUGAGGGACGUCAAGUUCACGGUGUUCUUGUUGUGGUGACCCAGAGCGAGAUUCGCAUCUUCAAACCUGCUACAGGAAAAGGAGCGUCUAAAUCCUUCGACGAUGCCCUAUGCGAUGCGGCCACCGUGACGGAGUCUGAACUCCAGGGCUUCGCCAUCGUCGGCGUCUUUGGUGACCGCACUGCUCGUGCCUUUUCCAUCCCCGGCCUCAAGGGGCUCAGCAGGGUCGCGCUGCGCAUGCUCGAUCCGACCCGCACCACGAACGCCGUGGUCACCCAGACCGGCGGAAUCUUCGGCUGGACCGGCCCCAGCGAGAUCGCGAUGCUCUCUGCCUGGGGUACGGGGAAGCCCUUGCCGCCCAGCCUGGACGUCAUGAUCAACCCGGACCUGGCCCCGCCGGUGCGACCGACCAUCUCCAACAUCCAGUGGCUGUCGGGCACGCAGUAUGUAUCGCCGACCGACCUCGACCUGCUCAUCGCGCCGGAGCGACCUCCGAGCAAGCGCAUGGUGGCGGCGGCGGCGGCCGAGCAGCGGGCGGCCCGUUCUGGAGGGUCGGGGGCAGCGGCGGGGUCGAGCCGCGGGGCGCCCAGCAACGAGGGGUGGGGUGAUUACCUGACUCGGCAGCUCAAUGAGCGGGCGGAGAAGCUGAACAUUGUGGGCGACAGCAUGGAGAAUCUACAGAACCAAAGCCAAGGGUGGGCGCAGGACGUGAACAAAUUCGUCAGCCAGCAGAAGAGGAACUUGGUUCUGGGAAGUAUUAAGGGCAAGUUCCUCUAACGGGGAAUUGACGGCGGAACGGGAUGUUUUCCAACAAAGGGCCUUUUGUUUUCGAGAUGGGAUAAAAUCUCUCAUAGCAUUCGCGCGGGAGCGGAUGGACAGGCGUAACGGAAUAUUGGAUUUCCAUAUGAGUUGGCGUCCGGGAUUCUCCGCUGUGCUUCUCAGGGCCUGACCGUGAACAACAACAACAACAACAACCCAAUCACCCUUUCUUGGAGGUAACUAAAAUCGACACAUAAAACAUAGCUAUUGGUAUCAGCUUCUCAAAGUCAGGACUUGUUGUCCACGCCGGUGACAGGCAAUCUUUCAUGCCUUCAACUGCGAAAAGCUGGGAAAGUGCGUCAAAUUCAGGUGCUCAGGGGGAUCAGUCGCCACACAUCAGGUCACGAGAGAGAUGGACAACGAUAUGAUGUAUAUAUGGCCAAAAAUGGUUCUCUUAUUUAUUCACG